AUGACCCGCCUCAGCCAGUUCAUGGCUGACUGUAUGAGUGUCGGCGCGCUAAGAGGGUUUCAGUAUUUCUCAGUCCACAUUCGCAGCCGCGAGGAAAUUCUGCUGCGCGUGUUCCGAGCUGCCGCGCCGACCACUGACCAAACGCCGAUAUCGAGCUCUACCAUUUACGACAGCAUUGACAGAAUCCAGGCUACUGAGGAGUCCAAACACAUUAUAGCGGCGGCGCGCGACACCAUGGACAUGCCGGCCGACCUCUCAGACCAAGCCUUGGAGGCCGACACGCAGGGCAUAAACUUUCUUAUUGCUGGGUACCCGCGGUACAAAUGCCCGUAUGUGUGGCUGCGCACAGACCACCAGGAGCUAAUAGCCGUCGCGGAGAACCAGGACCUGGAGAAGGACGUCCCCCUGAGGCUCGAGUCCAUCGACUGCUGGCGUCAGUUUGAUAUUCGACCGUGGGAUGUUCUGGUCGAGGUCAUUUGCACUGCGCUGAAGCCGCCGCCGGAGAACCCGUUUGCCAUUGAAUAUGCGUACUUUGACCAGAUCACUGUCGAGGAGAGGGUGGUGUCGACGGGCGCAAUGCUGGAGUUCUUGCGCAGGGUUUAUUUGAGGCAUUAUUUCUUUAGCGAUAUUGUGUUGGCGGAUAUUAAGAGGCUCCAGCAUUUGCAUUUCCGCGAUAUCAAUACGCUACGCGAGUUCCAGCAAAGCUCUGUAUUCCGCGAGGGUGCGUCAGCUCAUGCACAUGCAUAG